AUGUCUGCCUCGUUUGUGAAGUGGAACCGCGACUCGUCGAUCUGCACUUUGGCAGAGGUGUUGGUGGCUCCGAUCGUGCCGAACCUGUGCUUGGUUUCUGCUGGCGGAGGUGGUGGUGGCGCCUUUCUGGCCGUGCUUGGUUGCACGGCUGGCGCAGACACCUGGGGCGGUGCUGGCGGUGCGUGCGGGGCCACAGACGGGGUGUAUGGCGGCGAAGGGGGCCGUGGCGCCGGAGCGGCUGGCAGAGUCGGUGCGCUCGACGCUGGUGCUGGCGGGGCCUUGGUGGUUGGGAUCGACGGAGCCGGUGGAGCCUUGGUGGUUGGGAUCGAUGGGGCCGAUGGGGCUGGUGGAGCUUUUAUUGGGAUCGAAGGGGCUGGAGUAGGAGGGGCCGCCGUUGGGAGAGCCGGGGCUGGUGGUGCCGGCGGUGGGGUAGGUGCACUGGAAACCGGGGCUGGCGGUGGAGUAGGUGCACUCGAUGCUGGGGCCGGUGGGGCUUUCAACGACGGGAUAGGAGGCGCCGAUGGGGGCAUUGACGGAGCAGAAGGCGCCUUCGUCGAUGGGAUUGGCGGCGCGGCCGCUGCAGGAGCAGAUGGAGCAGGCACGCUCGGCACACUUGGUGCCUGCACCUUUGGCUGUGUGGCCUGUUUCUUCACGUCGUCCUCGCCGAUCACGUGCGAGUCGUUUCUUCUGGCAUUGAUCUGGGCCAGGAAAGGAAGCGCUCCUGCCGAAGCACCAGGCUCUGCCGCCGGUGUGGGUAGUUUGCUUGGUGUCGAUGAUUUGGACGGUGCUGGCGCUGCUGGCGCCGAAGGGAUGGGAGGAGGUGCUGGGGCCGAGCUCGAUGGCAGCGGUGGAGGGGCCGGGGCACCACCAGAAGGCAGUGGUGGGGGAGGUGGUGCAGAUGUGGCUGGGGCCUUGGGAGCAGCUGGAGCACCAAAGCUAGGGAUCGCUGGGGGUUUUGGUGCCGAGGACGAUGGCAGCGGCGGUGGGGCAGGAGCAGAGUUCGAUGGCAGAGGAGGAGGUGCUGGUGCUGACGUGGAUGGUAGAGGAGGUGGUAGAGGAGCAGCCGAGGUUGGCACCGACGGAGCCUUUGGAGCAGACGAUGUUGGCAGCGGUGGGGGAGGAGGUGCCGCCGAGUUCGGAAGAGACGGGGCCUUUGGUGCAGAACUGGCAGGUACCGGUGGUAUUGGUGCAGAACUUCCAGGGAUCGGUGGAGGGGCUCCAGGGACGGGUGGGGCCGAUAAUGAGGGCACGGCUGGCGCCGACGAUCCGGUGGACUCGCGUUUGGGUCUUGACGACGGCAAUUUAGGCGCCGAGUUGGCUGGUGGCGGUCUCGAGACCGGGUCUCCUCUGUGUUUGAGCUUUGGAAUUCCACCCGCAAAGAUGUCUCCUAAUUGGGGUGCUCCUGACGGGAUGGCUGGCGCCGAUGGGGCAGAAGGAAUAGCCGGGGCACUGGCCAUGCCCAUUGACGGCGCCUGGGACGAUCCCCCAGACGAAGACCCUGCAACAAGCGGUUUGGACCUGUCGUUGGUGACGGCCUUUUUCAGGGCCUUUCCCUUGCGAAUGUCGCCCAGAAGCGCGCCUCUGUCCGGCGUGACCUUGAUUGCGCUGAUCGGAGUGCUGGAAGGCGGGCCUCCCAUUGGGGGCGCCGGAGGUGGUGGAGGUGGCGGAGGAGCUGACAUGGUUAUUACGAAAACCAGUUUUGGAAAACAUCUUAGCACCAGAAAAUUUUGUAUGUUACGACGGUGGUACUCGUUAAACAGAACGCUGUUGGUGAGCAAGCUGCCUUUCAACGUCACCGAGCAGCAGGUCGGCGACGUUUUCAAGGUGGUGGGCGGACUGCGCAAAGUCGAGCUGGCCAAAGAGCACGGGAAACUGAAAGGAUACGGGUACGCAGAGUUUGAGAGCGAGGAACAGGCUCGUGCGGCCCAGGUCCAGCUCCAAGGCAAGGUGGUGAACAAUAUGCCGAUCCGGUUGGACCUGCGGAGCGAGGUGGAGCAACGACAGAAGUAUCUGGAAGAUAAAAAAUACGAGGUGCUAUUAAUACGAAAUCUGCCCUACGAUGCCACCGAGAAGAGCGUUUUAGACUUGUUCUCGCCAAUGCAAGGGAUCCGGUGCGGGCUUGCCAAGGCUCCGAUCAGCGACCAGUGUCUGGGGUACGGGUUUGUGCGGUUUCUGGACGCCAACGUGGCAUUGAACGCUGUUCGCAAGAUCAAACGGAGUCCGCUACAUCUGAACGGCCGCAAACUCAAGGUGGAGUUUGCUAAGAAGAAAGUCAACGGAUACAGACACAUUGUCUAA